AUGGCUGGCUCGACCCCAAAAACAUCUGCCUCAAAAGCAGGCAAGGCUAAGCGUCCAGCCGAUUCGACCCCAAGCUCAGGCACUCCAGAUAGCAAAGGCAAGGCUAAGCGUCCAGCCGAUUCGACCCCAAGCUCAGGCACUCCAGAUAGCAAAGGCAAGGCUAAGCGUCCAGCCGAUUCGACCCCAAGCUCAGGCACUCCCGAUAGCAAAGGCAAGGCUAAGCGUCCAGCCGAUUCGACCCCAAGAUCAGGCACUCCCGGCAAACGCCAACGUACUUCUCUGACUCGGCAACACAAGAUCGUCGAUGCUCUCCCCGUCGACCUCAGCAGCCGUGGCAAAUGGUUGAAGACAGAGGGCCGGGAAACCAUGCUCGCUGGAUACAUCGGUUUUACCAAGGUUGAAGAUCUGCGACGGCUUAUAAUUUCAUGGCCAAUUCUUUCGAUUUGGUCCUUUUUUGACGAAAAUGCCAAGGGAAUGAGCAAAAUGGGUCCCUUUCAAUGCGCCAAUGAUGAGUGGACAGAACUCCAAAAAAUUACAUCCACAGAAUCAGAUGUCCUCGCCAUUCGCCCAGGCGCAAGCGCCGACUACGCAAAGAGGCAAAAGUACAGGCGUGUUGCUUGGUCUUGCAUUCGACUGAUGACCCAGAUCAAGACUUACAAGGAAAACUCUGAUGACCAAAACAAGGCCGAGAACGAAAAAUUUCAGGUGUCUUUCGCUCAAGAAAACGAUGUCACAUUCCCUGACUCAGGUUCUCAACUCGUCUUCCCGAAACCCACGCUUGGUCCCCUGACAGAUAAACAGGAGACUAGGCUGGAGGUCAUUAACCGCUGCUGGGAGCUAUUGCGAUAUCUUUCUUUCAUCAAGACAGCAGGCCACCUAUGGAAACGUGUUGAGACCAUAGAGGCAAUUCGAAAAGCCCCUUCGGUCGACGAGACAAACCUGCCCCCAUGGAUGCAACCUCCGAAGGAGCAGGUGACAUGUGAUCUAGGCCAGACAGAUCAGACAGACCAAACUCGUCAACCAAUUGAGGUCACCGUUGUAUGGUGCUGGAAAAAGGAGUUUGUGGGCAAGGAUAAGCUCGAUCGUGCACUUGAGGCCGCCAACAAAAAAGGAUUGAAUGUUCCUACCCCGAAGCGCAAGAUGCCUCAAGAUCCUCGCGGAUUCACAUCAAUUGGAAUGUUCCGGGAUGCGAUUCGCGCCAUGUUCAAUUGUCGAGCGCUGGGUCUCAACAUUAUGACUCUGACAUUGAACUACCACAGUGGAGCUGAGGACGAAUUUUUAUUCCAUGAUCUGAUGAUAGAAGAAUGGGAGGACAUCCAAAGUACCUUUUCGGAUGCCACCAACUCUCUCUUUCGAAUCUCUGUUAUCCUUAGGGCUUGCAAAUUCAAGACCGAGAAAAUCUACGAGUGCGGCAUGAUGUCUGAUGCUACCGAAAAGGCCAUGCUGGCUUCCCCACCGGAAAGUCUGGUCGAUGAAGAUGGCAAUAAGGAACCAGCUAGCAGUCAUCCGCUUGACAAUGCUGUCACCACGAUACUCUCAAGCUCAUCUCAAAAGGACAAGACCCUCGCACCCAAAAAGUUUGACUCUCCCGAAGAGCAGCUACGCUGGUACAGUGGGUACAACGUCAACACCAUCGCAGGGUGUCAGGAGUGGCAGGCAAAGUUAGUCCUCAAGGUACAAGCAGGUUUCGAGGUGGUCGAACCUGAACCGAUGGUGAUCCCAGAUUCUCUCAAUGCCACUCAUGAAGAAGCGACCGUGGUAGACGAGGCACAGCAAAAGGCUCACCGAGAUAGCGAGGACUACAUCAAGCAUUCGGCCGACAAAGACUAUUAUACCCUGCAGUCUGCCUUCUCUGGAACGCAGAAUCGAAGUGGCCCCUAUCUUGAUCUUUGCCUCGAUUUACUUAUCUGUGAGCGACAAGACGAUGGGCUUUAUUCUUCAUUGCUGUUAGAACACCACACCAAACGUCGGUUUUACGGAUACCAAAUCACUGGUGCCAUUGGAUUGCUCCUGAAACUGCUUGGUUCGAUUGAUAUCAACAAGCUGUUUAAGAAUUGCCGCAACGUCAAGUGGAAUCGACAGCAACGGACGCGCGCGAUUUCGGCUGCAAAGGCCCUUCGGGAGGUUCAGAUUUUUGGCGCAUUUUUAGCAGACGGCACUGGCUUUGGUAAAACAAUACAAUGCUUGCUCGCGGCUCUGUUGUAUUCGAUCCUGGUGACCACAAACAAGCCGAUGCUCCUCAUUGUGCCCGCACCGUUGGUGGGCCAGUGGCUCGAUGAAAUCAGGAGCGAUUGGGAAUACCUCUUCCCAAUUCUGUCUUACAACGAUCCUACGCUGAAUGCAAAAAUGCUAGGCCGCAGAUUAACGUCACACCAGAUGAAACGUUUGCGAUUCCCACAGGAGUUGUCCUUUGCUCUUGAUCAAAACGACCCUAAGGCCCGUACUGUGAUCAUUGUUACGUCCUACGAAACUCAUAUGAAACGCACCUCAUACUUGUCCACAAAGGGCAAAGCUCCUUUCAUUAGCACGUACUGGAAGACUGAUCACAAUGACAAGUUCGGCCUCCUCAUUGCUGACGAGGCACAUCGCGCAAAAAACAAACAAACUGCGACUGCGUCAAUCCUUAAACUACAAAGGUUUGAGGCCCUGAUCUUCGCAACAGCCACGCCAAUGUUCAAUUCUAUCCGUGAUUUGAUUGGCCUGAUUGACCUAAUUGGCGUCCGCGGCCGGCGAUCUCUAGAAAGAAAUUGCAAGGCAUCUGCCAGCAAAGAGAGAGAACGCGCAAGUUUAGACACAAAAACCUCGAGACAGAAAAGGGCGGCAUUCGAAGCCCUAGAACCCACGUCAGAUUUGCGACUUAUGCUUCUCAAUACCAAUACCCUAAACGCGAUUCUACACUCUGGUGAAAAACUGGCCCAUGAACUGGCCAACUACUUCGGCCUUGUGCUGGACCUAGUGGCAAUUCAGCGGUCGCAGGGGUCGUCAAUCCGCCUGUCUGAUGGAACAUCGUUACCAUUGAAGGACAUGUUCAAGCCAAUCCAUUUCCGUACAGCAUCGGUGGAGCUGUCAGUAGAGGAACGCAUGCUUUACCAAGCCUUCCAUGGGACUGCAGCAAAGGACUACGUCAGAGAGACAGGGGUGGAACAAAAAGCUAAGCCGGGCCAACGCGUCAAGUCAAAGUUUAUAUCAUCAGCACGGCCUCUCCGCAAGCUUGCGAUAGCUAAUAUGUCGACCCGCCUCGCAAAUCUGAACUCCAAGCACGAGUUCACUGACUCAGACACCCUCAUCCCGACUCUUCGACGGUGGCGUGAUGCGGGAAUACCUGCCGAAUGGGCCUGGGGUGCAACAAGGGAAGACUUUGACCCUCCUGUCAAAACGGCGUUCGACUUUAUCAAAUCCCUUGUCCAAGGCUCGCCACGCCUGCGCGUAAUAUUUCAACAACUUGCCGACCAGAAGGUCAUGCGACCGUUGGACAAAAAGCGUUAUGGCCACCACCAAAAGGUAUUGAUCGUGGAUUCAGUACCUAUCAACGCGUGGUACAUAGAAAAGGUUCUCCGUGCUGCCCUCGUCGAUGCCAAAACUUUGCACUCCUCCCUCGACCAGCAUGAACGGGAUGUGCUUGUCAAACAAUUUAAUGAUCCAAAAAGUGAUUUGAAAGUUCUCAUCACCACAUACGAUAUCACAUCAGAAUUCCCUCUGCUGGUUAUUCGUGUGUCCACGCCAAACACACACGAUCAGUUCAGGAAUGCAAAACAAGCCGACAAAGCUUGUUUGCAGCUCGCUGUGAACGCACACGAUCCGGACUUCAGAUCGAUGAUGUUGAAGGAGUUGAUUGCUAUCCAGCCCGAGGUUGAUGAAUGCCACGCCUCCGAUGAGGGAAAGCGACUCGCCGACAGUAAGAAGCAGAAUGAUGAGCGUCUUGACCAAGGUCUGGCUGAGUUCCUCCGGCAAUGUGAAGAAGACCGUUUCAAGCGCCAGGGGGCACGAUCUGAGACUCCCAAUGCUGAAACAGGGGAUGAAAGCGCCUCGUUUGGUAAGCGUGACAGAAAAGGACAACAGCAUUACACUAUUCAAGACCCGUCUGAUGAGGAUAACGACGGUUCUCCUCCCCCUGAAGAUGACUCAAAUGACAAAGACUACGCCGGCGAGACCACUGAUGAAGCGGAUGAAGAGGACGAACUCGAGAGGGCAGAAUUGUAUGACAGGGAUUUCUCAUCAGACAGAUCCUCGGAUGCAUCAAACGCCUCGGAGCCAGAGAGUGGCGGCGAUGAAGAACCUGCAGCACCAGGGAAGGACACUGCGAACGCUCGUGAUAUCGAAGCUUGGAACAAGGCCAAAACCUGGGAGGCAUUUGUGGACAGUACUCAACCGACCGAUGCCGAUCGCCAUCGUUUGGCACUCCUCACAUUACCCGCUCAGAAAACGUGGACUAUGAAAGAUCUGGACAAUCCUCAGUUUUACAUGAUCGCACUUCGCCUUGUGUACAACAGAAUGCGUGGGGUGAAAACUCUGCACCUCGGAACAAGCAUCCACAUAAACUACGACGAAAUGAGCGAGGAACAAAAGGAGCGCAUCGGUCUAAUUAUCGGACCUGAACCAAGUGAGGAUUCCAAGGGGAAGAUGCGGGAGAGAAUCGGGCAGCCUUUGCUGACGGAGGAGUAA